AAAUAUUAAUUUCAUGUAACAUCUUUAGAACGAUUAUAAAAAAGAAAUUGUUUAACCAAGGAGCAUUGAGAUGAUGAAAACAUGUUCGGAAUAAAAAAUGAAAAUGAUUAAUUCAUCAAUGCAUUUAUAGAAAAAUUUAACUAAUGAUAGAUAAUCAAUAAGAGGUAGAUGAGCAUCUAAUCAGUAGAAAAGUAACAGUUGUAAAGUAAAUAAUUCACUUGAAAAUUAUUUUUAAAGAAUUAUCAUGUUGGAAAAUAAAUUGAGUGAUUUAAAAAGCAGAAAAUUAAAUGGCAACAUGAGUAAUAAUCAAAUCUUGAAGAAAACAACAAUUCAAAAAUUUUAUACGGGCCAGAGUAUUUUUAUAACAGGUGGUACUGGGUUCCUUGGUAAAGUUCUUGUGGAAAAGUUACUGAGAAGCUGUGAUGUAUCAAAAAUUUAUUUGCUGAUUAGAUCAAAAAAGGGAAUAGACAUCAAUGAUCGUCUUGAUAAUUUAUUUAACAAUCCGUUAUUUGAAAGUUUAAAAAAAAAUUCACCUGAAUUUCGAAAUAAAAUUGUACCAGUUGCUGGUGAUGUUAGAGAAAUUGACCUUGGAUUAUCACAUGAGGAUCGUGAACUUUUAAUUCAAGAAGUAUCAAUUGUCUUUCACUCAGCAGCAACACUAAGAUUUAAUGAAAAAUUGAAAAUUGCAAUGUUGAUAAAUACUAGUGGAGCAUUGGAAGUUUUGAAACUUGUUAAUGAAAUGAAAAAAUUAAAGGUCAUGGUUCAUGUAUCAACUGCAUAUUCAAAUUGUCACGAGGACAUUAUUGAGGAAAAAAUCUAUCCACAUCCUAUUGAGUAUGAGAAUUUUAAAAUUGUAGCUGAGACUCUGUCGGAUGAAGCAAUUGUCGAUGCUCUUCCAAGAAUCCUUAAAAAUUGGCCAAACACGUACACAUUUACAAAAGCCCUGACAGAAAAAUGCAUCAAACAAAUGAGUUGUAAUAAACCAGUUGGUAUCUUUAGACCAGGAAUAAUAAUAUCAGUUGCUGAAGAACCAUUACCAGGUUGGGUUGGUAAUUACUAUGGACCAACUGGUGUUCUCACGGCAUCAUCAUUAGGAAUUUUAAAAACAGCACUAGCAGAUCCAAAUGGUAAAGCAAAUUUAGUACCAGUUGAUUACACAGUUAAUGCAUUGAUUGCAUGUGCUUGGGACAUUGCAACACAAACAACAAGACGCAAUGAUGAUAUGUUGAUAUAUAAUUAUGUAUCGACAAAUGAUGCACCAGUUACUUGGAAUGAGUUUUGUGUUGAUUAUUGUCUUAAGUAUGGUCACGAAUAUCCAAUUUUACAAUCAAAAUGGUACAUGACAUUUUCAAUCACUAAAAGCAGACUGGCAUAUAAUUUAUCCAUGAUUUUUUUACAUCUUUUACCGGCUUUAUUGGUGGAUUCAAUAUCUUUAUGCACUGGACAAAAACCAAAAUUAUAUAAAAUGUUGAGUAAGACAUUUAAAUCCUUCGAAGCUCUGAUACCUUUUUCAAUGAAAGAUUGGAUUUGGAAGGCUAAUAAUGUACCGUUAAUGUGGAAACGGCUUGAUCAAGAGGAUCAAAAGAUAUUUAAAUUUUCAUUAACUGGCUUUAAUUGGAAAGAAUACAGUAGAAAUUAUAUGAUGGGAGUCAAAAUUUAUUUAUUUAAAGAGGGAUUAAAUACUUUGGACGCAAGCAAAAAACGACAAACAAGAUUACGUAUUGUUCAUGAAGGAUUGCAAAUUAUAUUUGGACUUUUUUUACUUUUUUUAUUCUGGAAAAUAAUUUAUCUAUUUAUCUAA